AUGCCUAGCGAUGGCGAGGGGGAGGUCGCGGUGGCCCGGUGGUCGCAGGAUGGGGUGUCCAUGGCGCCCAGAGAGCCGACGGAGGUGGAGGUGGCCGUGCGCGUGAAGCCCGCCGAUGGCAACGAGCGGGACUGCAGCGUCACGGUGGCCCCCGGCGAUCAGGGGUGCUCGCUGCUCGUGAGGGCCGGGAGCAGGACGGACGCGGGGACGGUGCACAAGUACUGCUUCCCUCAUGUGUUUGAGAGUGAGGGGCAAGAGGAUGUGUACGAGGCCUGCGCCCGUACUCUUGUCUCGUCAGUGAGCAAGGGGUACAAUGCAUCUAUUCUUGCGUAUGGCCACACAGGUUCUGGGAAGACCUACACGAUGAUAGGCCCGGACAAGACGUUUACACCAUACAAUAGUGGUCAAGGCAUCAUCCCAAGAGCUGUUUGCCAGGUGUUCGCAGACCUCGGGGAAUCUGGGAACUGGAGUGUGAGUGUGACGUUUGUGGAGAUCCACAACGAGACCAUUGCAGACCUUCUUCAUCCUGACCAAAAGGAUAUUUCUGUGAUGGACACCAGCUGCAAGAGUAACUAUGUGGCUGGAGGGUACAUGACAUUCAGAAACAUUGAGCUUGAGAGUGCCAGCUCUGCUGAAGAAGCCCUGGGCUAUUUGGAAAAGGGAGUAAGCCAACUGCAUGGUUCAGAGAAUGCGACUGCCAAUCUGCAUUCUGCUAGGUCGCAUACAAUCUUCACUUUGUGGAUAGAGAAUGAGAUAGAUGGGAAGACCUGUCAUUCAAAGCUCAACAUGGUGGACUUGGCUGGGUCUGAGCGAUUGUGGAAAAUGAAUCCAAAAACUGGAGCACUUUUGAAGGAAGCAGCAUUUCUCAAUAGGUCUGUGGGUGUUCUGUCCAUGGUUGCAAAGGAGCUCAAGAGAAAGAUGCCAUAUGUCCCUUUCGGCGACUGCAAAGUUACACACUAUCUUAAGGAUGCGAUCGGUGGAAACUGCAGGACUCUGCUGAUAGCUUGUGUCUUCCGGGAUGAGAGUCACCUUAGAGACACUCAGUCUACUUGUCGAUUCGCAGAGGACCUUGGACAGAUCCGAAUUCAUCCGCAAAGGUUCAAUGUUCCUGGCAGCGACACAAGCCAGGCGACCCUCUUCCGUGCAGAUCCAUUGACCAUGAGGUGCAUGGAAAAGAUGUCCGAACUUAGGGCAUCACAGCAGAUGCAGCGAUAUUUGCGUGCACGGUCGCGAAAGAGGGAGAAGCAUGCCAAAGCCAUCAGAGCUCUGCAGAAGCCACCAGAGGAGCAGCGGAUUGAGCCUUCCCAUGAGUGGUCUCAGGAACUGCAGGACCUCAGGAACCAAGUUCAGGAAUUUGAAAGGCGGCAAAGGGUCUGGGAGGAGAAGCAUGUGGGCAGCACGCAGCAGGAGCUGAGGCUUCUUCAAGGCAAAGUCCAGGACCUGGAGACAAAGCUGAGCAAGGGGUCUGGAAGCAGCCGCUCUGGUGGCAAGCAUGCUGAGUCCAGUGGGGCUUGGGACAGGUCAAUGGAAUCUGAAGUCCACAGGCUACAGGAAAAGGUCGAACAGCUCGACAAGGCUUGCUAUUCUCGUGAACAAGAGCUGGAGGAGCUCAACCAUCUUCGAAAGCAUGUGCUCAAUCGACAGCUACCACACCGUAUGCCCAGCUACCAAGCAUUUGCAGGGAUGCAUGACUCAGGGGGUAUGACGCCAGGGCCAGGCAUGCAGAGGCUGGUGGCUGUGCAACCGAUGUCUAUGGGAGGGAUGCAUGGCGGGGCCAGUAUGCACAUGAUGCCAGGGAUGCACCCAAUGGGUAUGGGGGGAAUGUCAAUGCCAGGCUUGCAGGGCAUGGGGGGCAUGGCAGGAAUGGGAGGAAUGCGAGGAAUGGCAGGGAUGUCACAUAUGCCGAUGGGUCCCAGCUCGAUGGGCAUGCAUAGAAGCAUGCAUCCAGGUAUGCACCCUGGCAUGAAGGGAAGGAUGCAAGGGGGCAUGCAAGGAGGAAAUAAUGGUGGCGUGCAAGGAAGCAUGCAUGGCAUGCAGCAAUCACAUUUUGUGCAUGGGAUGGGGGAUUGUAUGAAUCCGAUGGCCAGCAUGCAGAUGCCGUUUGCUUGGCAGGAGGAGGGAGUGGAGACUCCAGACACUGUGGAUGGCCAUGGCACCAGAGGGCCCUUUGCAUCUUUUCCCGGAGGCCAGGGCGGGCAGUGGGAUGGGUCUGCUCCGAUGGGCUCCGACAGAAGCGACCUUCGUGGGACCUCAUCAAAUCAUCAAAAUGACUUAUUGACAGAGGCGCAGGGCUAUCUCAUGGAUCCAGAUUCUACAGACUCCGCCUGGCAGCAAUACCUCCCACCUGACCCAAGGCUGCACCUUGGCAACACACCCCCUCUGCACCCCCAGCAGAGGUUCGUUGGAAUGGCGCCAGGCCUGCAAAGAACUGAGUCAGGAUAUGGUGCCUCCAGCCCACAGUACUCUGGAGAAGGUGGAUCAUCUCCACGCAGGACCACAAAAAACAAGCAAAAGAAAAGGGAGGGAUUUGUAAAGAAGGUCUCAAGAAUGUUCGGGAUUGGUACACAAUCACAAUCCGAGUGUCAGGAUGAUGAAGACGUCGCGCUGUCAUUUAGCGACACGUUUGACGAACACGACCACACACAAGUCAGAGAGGGAUGGGUUCAAGUCCCAACUCAGAACUUGGCUCCAGGGCGUUCGCACCCCAUUUCCUCGAGUGGGUAUGCAAACUAUCCUGAGCCAACUUCCCUAUUCCUCGACUCCGACACAUCAAGCCAACUGAUGAUGAACGAGGAUGGCGUGAGAUAUGGCUCUUCCAGCCAGCCCACCCGCGCACACGACCUGCCCAGGCUAGAUCUGCAAAGGGUUCGACAUUAG